AAGUCACUGAGCACACCGCUUAGGUCGCCAGCUCCACAUAAAACCAGCCUUAACUGUGCUCGUCCAUCACAAGUUACCUCUUCCAUUGGGAACGGGGCCCCCACCGGCAAUGCGCUCGAUGAGGAUCGAUCGCAAAAGGCUCUCAUUCGUACAGCAAAGGCUACCCAGCUUAAUGCCAUCAAGCAGGAUCUAGAAGUAGAGGCCCAACUAAUGAAGGCAAGUUCCGAGCUUGGAGGCGAAUUCUCGUUACGUCAUUUUAUUCAACUGAAUGAUUCAUACAACAUGUCCUGUCUGCUUAAAACAAAGUAUGCCUAUGUGUUAAGUGCUUUUUCCAGUCUUGAGAAAGCCCUUCACGAACUCUACAAUUUUGAAUCAAUGUCCAUACUGGAGUGUGGGAAGGCUCUGGUAGAUCUUGUGGAGAUUUCGGCGUCCUAUCAUCGAACCUGUGUUGCUAUCCUCGAAGAGUUGUCACCCAUGCUGAAGGAAGAACUUGGUAAAUUCGGUGCUCCUGUUGCAUACUUGACCUUGGUUUGCUUUGAAUGCCAACAAUGCGAAAUUAUCUGCCAUGAUGAACAGUGUCCGCUCCCGGUUUUUGGUCGCCAGUUGGAGACACAUCUUCAGGCAACUGGCCGCCGAAUCGCCUACCCAAUCAAGGUCUGCGUCAGAGCACUCAACAAACCUAGAGUUCUCGCUGAGGAGAGUGCCCUGAACACAUUGCGAGCUGAGAGCAUAAUUGACCAAUAUGACUCCUUUGUCAUUGCCGAUGUACUAAAGCAGUACUUGCGGCGAUUACCGGAGCCCCUUCUGACAAGGAAACUCUUCGCCGAAUGGACGGCUAUUCAACAUAUGUAA